AUGACUCCAACCAACUCCCCCAUGCCUUUGAUGUUGCACACCAACAGCAAUGGCAAGGAUAUCCAGAUCCAUACCCCGUCAUCCGGUUCAAAUCUCACCCCUCCGGUAACGCCGGUCGGCAAAGAGAUCGAUGACUCGGACCGAUCCACUCCCAGUUCUAUACAUCACGAAUUGGAUGAACCCGCCACUCUAAGACAGAAUGUUUGUACGCCGCUGCGCUUUACCGAUGAACUGGAGAUCUGCCGCGACGCAGAAGAGCGCCCCAUUGAAUUUGGCCGCGGCGCCUGGAGCAUAGUAUACAAAGCGCGCGCAACACCAUCUACCGGGCCCAUGUACACGCCACCGAGCUCGCCCGCUGCAGGAACCCGAGUCUAUGCCGUCAAAGCACCACUCCGCCGCGAUGCGCGUCCAGUCCUCCAAGCCGAAGCGCUUACCCUCACGCGCCUGCACUUUAUGCGCGACCACGAGCGCUACGUCGUUCCAUUCCACGGCUUCCACACCGACACCAAAGCGCUAGUCAUGACCGCCGUCCCACUAGCACUCUCCACGUACAUCGAAGACCAAGCCGAUCUCGCGCGCAAGCGCCCUGUUUCAACCGCAACAAUGUUCGACCCCAUCCAGGGUCCCGACUCAUGGCGCGACAUGGCCUGCAAACUGAUCAGCGGACUCGCCUGGCUCCAUUCCAAAGGCAGCAUAUUCCACGGCGACAUCAAGCCGCACAACCUGCUCCUCCGUACGCUGCCAACAGACGAGCCGGGCGUGGAAGUUGGCGCGUUCCCAUACGAGCCGCUGCUGGCCGACUUUUCAUCCGCCCUGGACAUCUGCGGCGGCGGCCCCAUUGAUGCAAACCGGGCCUCGUAUUCGGCCUUCACGCCGCCCUUCACAGCGCCCGAGCUCCUAUCCCUCACGGCGCUGAAGGCAGGCACUGUCGCACCUUCUCCGGCCUCAGAUGUGUUUUCACUCGCGGCGACGCUGGUGGCUGCGGCUACCGGCGAUCUUUUGCUGUAUCCUGGCUUUAAUAGCAUGCAGCGACUUGCGAUGGCGCGCGACGGACACCAGAUUCUGAAUUUUACGCGUUCGGGUCCUAAUGCUGCUCGUGUGCCCAGGAACGGAUUUGUGGAGAGGCUCAUUCAGCCUGCUGUUGCUAAGGAUCCUGCUCAGCGCAUUGCGGCGACUGAGUGGGCUGCGCUGGCCUCUUCGGUAUGA